AUGACUACCAAAUCUGGUUUAUGGUCGAAGAUUAUCCAAAAAGCGUCUUCUGUAAUAACGCACUCAGAUGCCAGCAACCUGCAGGAAAGUGGACCAGAACUGUGCAUUCAGUUACUGCGUAUACCAACGAUACAGAACUAUGCUGGACUCAAGAGAAGAAUCGCAUCGAGCGACUCGGAAUGGAUGCAGGAGUUUAUUGAGUUGGAUGGGAUCGGUGUAUUGAUGGAAGUCCUUGAAAGAGUCUCCGAUCGAAGAUUGUCCAGUUUUUCAGAUGCUUACCUACAACUUGAAUGCAUUGGAUGUGUGAAGGCUGUUAUGAACUCACAAACUGGUCUAGACUAUAUUAUUGGGACCAGAAAAAACAGAUCAUGUAUAAGAAAGCUAGCUUCAGGAUUCUUAUCCAAUUAA